CCCAUCUUCCAGCAUCCUGGUUACACACGUAUCACCAAUGUCAUGUCGGUAAGCUUGUGACCUUCCUUGCUUCGUCCGGAGCUAAGACACCCGCCUGCUCGGCAACAAUGCAGAGCGGCGCGGCUGGGAUGCGUUCCCAUUCAUCACUGGACCGAGCUUUGGAUCGUGAACACGGCUGGGCGUAAUACGUGUACUGAGCCACAUUGGCAGCAGCAGAACGUGAUAUGGUUACACCGGAGAUGCCACCCUCUUCUGCUGCGGGUGCUGCUGCCUUCCUAACUCCGCUAGAAUAUCAUCACUAGAGCCAUGGAACGACCACCUAAGUACAUGCCUGUGAGCGCAGACGAGGAAGAAGAGAUCGCGAGACAGCUUGAGGAAGAGAAGGAUGGCAUCGCAUGGAACAACAACUCCACGGAGAUCAUUCCGACGAACACGCGCAGCUUUGUCGCAUUUCUGUCAUUGCUGCUGCUCUCACUUUCAGCGAACGUUCUGUUGGUCAUGGACAAUGCGAAGCUUCGAAUUGUGACCCAAAGCGCUGGCAAGACUCUCUAUAGUGGGCUAUCAUUCGAUACGCCUGUCACAUAUGAGCCUAUCUCACCUUUCUGGAAUCCCAAUAGCAGUGCACAGGAGAUGGAUGCAGCAUGGGAUGCAAUCAACACCAACCCUGUGGCAGUGGCUCUUCACGAUGACUUUGUACGCAAGGCUGCAUUACCUCCGUCUGGUCGUUUUCCCUGGGACACUGAGCGCAGCAUUUACUAUCUGAAAGGGAUCCACGAUCUUCACUGCGUGAAAUACAUCCGCAAGGCUGUCGCAGUGAAGCACUACGGCGGCAAUCAGACCUUCGACUUCCACCACAUCAAUCAUUGCCUCAAUGGCUUACGUCAAGACAUAAUGUGUGCAGCAGACGAUACCCCGAUGCCGGCUCUUGCUGAGCAUAUCGGCGCUGGUCAGACUCGGAAGUGCCGUGACUGGAGUAAGAUGACCGAUUGGGCUACACAGUUGGAUCGAAAUGCAUGUUUCGAAAUGGACGAUUAUCGUGAGGCCACCAACACCCUGGAACAGUUCGCAUUCUGUCCACCCGGGUCGCCGUAUCAGUCGGUUCAACAAGCGUAUUUCGACUAUCACGGCCACAAAGAUCCAUACGAAGUCAAGAACGAUGAAGAGGUAACGGAGAUAUUCUGAUAGCUUUUACGUGCCGGUAAUGCGAAGACUUGGUUGAUCGACGAAUUUGCGCCAUUCUUCUCGAAUAUAGGUCUCAUACACUAGAAUCAGUUCCGACUUGAUUGCAACACUCGCAUCCGCACUUGAUGAGAUUUCGAUCCUCCAGCCAAACAUAGCAUGUUGGAGUAUCACAACAUGGAUAUUGUCGCCGACCAGACGUCUAUCCUGC